GUGGUAGUGUAUAUCUUUGGCCAGGUACCAGAUGACGUGAAAGAUUGUCGGAGAGAGUUUGUGUGUGGGCCUCAACUGUGCGUUGGAACUGUAAUGUUUAUUAAACGAAAGCUAAAGAGCUCUAAAUUGACACGAUUGUUGUUCAUGUAACCACGUCUGGCACUAAUUUACAUCAUUGGAAAGAAGAUACUUCCACGAAGAGUGAACAUCUAAAACACCAAUGUCAAAACAUCCAGAAAGCAAUGGGUCCUGGUUUCCAAAGAGCAGUGCACAGUCCCAACCAGGCAGCAAUAGAUCAUUCCAGACAUACUUCCCGUCGACAACGAACUCUCCACCAGUGGUGUGGGAGAACAGAACUGAGUAUCAGGCCCCUUCACAGAAUUUCUACAAUUCAUAUGGAGCACCAUAUAACAUAAAAACAAGUCAGCAACCUCACCACACAGAAGUAUCUGGUCCCCCAUCUUGGGACUGGGAUGCAGCACAGAUUAACCACCAACAGUUCCAACAGCCAGUGGCAUACCACCACCAGCAGCAACAGCACCAUCAACAGCAACACCAUCAUCAUCAGCAACAACACCAACAGCAGCAGCAGCCGCAGCAGCAGCAGCAACACCACCAACACCACCACCACCAACACCAUCCUGAACAACAUCAGCAACACCAUCAACAGUCUCACAGUUUUCAGCAUCAGCAACAGCAGUAUCACCAGUAUGCAGGAUAUUCACAAGAUGCCAAUCAAGAUCCUUGGAACUGGGGCUGGGAUGACUCCUCUAAUUAUAUAGAACCACAGAACAAUAAUAGGGGCAAUAGCAGCAGUCCUGGCAACAAUAACAGUAAUCCAGAUCAUACUUGGAAUUGGUCUGUUGAAGGAGCAUCAAUGUAUCAAAGUAGUUUGACACAAGUUGACAGUAAUGCCUCAAAUGCAUCUGCUUUAUCACUAACAAGUUCAUUCAGUGAUACGUCCCAGUCAUUGGCUCAAGUGAAUAACAGGAGUGAAAAUCUGAAGAACAAUGCAAGUACUUAUCAUGCAGAGCAAACACCUAGCACUGCUAGUGUCACAAGUGGUGAUAAUAGUACUGGCACGAAUUUCUCUAGUGUUACACCUUCUUUAAGUGAUACAGAUAUAAAAAAUACAUUUGUAGACACAAAUGUUAACAACACAGAUCAUAAUGUGACACGUGUUACAGAAAAAUCAGAUUAUGCAAGAACUGAUCAAAUUACUAGUGUACAUCAAGGUGUGUUAGGUACAGAUAAAGUGACAGAUAUUUGGCGGAGCGAAUUACCGGAUAGUAUGUCAUCUGUAGACAACCAUUACAAAGAAAGUGUUUCUGGCCAAUCUAGCUGGACUACAGAUGUGGGAGGAAAAGACCAACCGAGUGACGUCAUUAGUAAUGAUAUUAGAAAUGGUGAAUGUAAUGAUUCAGUUGCAGUAAGGAGUACACAAAUGCAAGACCUUAAAGAAGCUAUGCCACAGGCAAAUGAUUUAGAAAAUGUUGCAGCAAUGGCAGAUAGUGUGAAACAUACAGUGUGUGCAAAUGAUGUGCAGCAGUGUGAUGGUAGCAGCUCUGCAAAUGUACAAGUAGCAGAUGAGUGUGUUCACAACCAGAGAGUAGAAGGUCUUAUACAGCCCAGAGAUUCCAGUGUUCCUGCUGAUAUUACAGACACAGGAGAAAGCUCUAAGGAUAAUUCAAACAGUAUUGCAGAAGCAAAGGAACAUGUUGCCUCUUUAUUGGCUCAAGAUGAAACCAAGAUUGUGUCUGUGCUAGAGCCAGAAAGAAGUAAGAGUUUUUCAGAUACUAAUUCAGUAGAUAAUAAGCAAGAGGACAUUGUUCAGAUUGAUUCAGAUUUGGCUACUGUUAACUUGGAGGCAAAUGAAAAUAGGAUUGAGACAGACUGUCAUGCACCUGCAAGUAUUGGUACAAAUGUUUUAGAUAUAUCUGAUGUAAACUGCACUCAAGGCAAUGGGGAUGUUGAGAAUGUGGAAAUAGUACCUCCUGAAACAGACUUCCAAUCACGGACAGUAUAUGGAAAUGUUGAAGGGACAGUUACAACUGUCUCACAAAAUGUAGGUUCGAAGACUAAUCCGUAUUCUGCAAAUAAAGCACUGAACCGCAAACAUCAUAAUGCAUAUCAGUCAAAACCAACAGUUGAUGCUGCCACAAACAGAGGCUAUACAUUACCUGCAGGUUCUUCAGAAGCAAAUGGUAAGACUGAUCCAAAAAGUCUUGCUGUCAGGACUAGAAGAACUGUAGAUGACGCAGAGGACACUGUCAAUCUUGAGACAGUGCCUGAUAACAAAGAACGUCCAGAUUUUGUGGAAAUGCAACAGUCUGUCCUAGAACGGAAAUCGGUGUCUCCCAUGCCAAGACUUCACACUGUACCAGUUGGACAGGAUGCUGCAGCACGCGCCCCCUCGACUUGGGGUCACGGACAACAACCACAUGGCACUUACUACAGUCCUGAGAAUCAAGAAGUGGCUCCAGUCUCUGGAUCGAGAGCACCUGGGCCAGAUCGUGAUCAGUACUUGGAAACUGGACAGUUAUCAGAAGAAACUCCUACACCUCCACCUGGUCUGCACAGAAUGAUCCCAGGAGAGGGUGGUGCUCCACCUCCCGGUCUCCGUCGCAUGGUGCCGGGGGAGUGCAGUAGCCCAGACACUUCAGUGCCAAGUACCUCGGCCACUGAGGCUAGAGUUGUCACUGGUGUUGCUCGUGAUGACAACUUACAGUUGCCCAUACAGUCAUCUGGAAGUAGAGUGGCAAGUGAGACCAGCACUUCAGUUGCAGAGCCAGCUGUUGCUUCUGGUGGUUUGACUCAACCACCAUCAGAGAGGAGUGAAACAAUUGGUUCUGAUAAUGUUGAUUCAUAUUCACUGCAAACAACAGAUUCAGCUUCAAGGGAAUCGAGUAACAUACGGAGAGAGGUCAGCACCAAAGAGCGUGAACGACGUGUGGCAGAUGAUCAAGAUGUGCAAGAUAGAGAACUCCGCAGGCACGAAUAUUAUGACUCUCACAGCCAGUCACCUGGGCGUUAUCGUGAUGAAAGGGAACCGAGGCGAUCAUAUGAACAUGAUAGACCUCACGAAUCUGAAGACAGAGCGCAUUAUCGUCGUCGAUCACGGGAGGAUGAACGUGGAGGACGUCGUAGAGGAAGCUAUGAAAGAUCAGAAGAUGAAGCAGACACAGAAGAUUGUUUAAGUGACCGUGAUAGACGUGAAAGACCUGUACCACGAGAAGGGUAUGAGAGGUAUAGAAGACGUGGGGACAGAGACAGAGAUGAAAGGGAAGGACAGGAAAAGCGAAAUAGGGAACGUGCAGAUCACAGAUCAUCAGGGAGGGAGCGUGAGAGGAGACGACAUGAUAGAGACAGAACAGAUUUUGGAAGAGAUGAGUAUUAUGGAAGGUACUAUGAUGAUGAUCCAUACAAAAGGGAGAACCAUCGGUCACGUCCAACGAGUAGGUCCGGUUCUAGACCUGACUAUGAUGAUUAUCGAAGACCAGACUACCAUGGAUAUGGUUAUGGUUAUUAUGGACGACCUGCUUUGGAUCGUUAUCAUUAUGAGGCAUACUAUAGUUAUAAAUAUUAUGAAAACCUCAGGAGAACAAACCCAGCUGCAUAUGCUGAUUGGUAUGCAAAGUAUUAUGGGGAUCAGCAUCAGUAUCAACAAGGUGUAUACUCUGAAGACAGAGGCAGUGUUCAUUCUGGUCGCAGCUCUGAAAAUGAUGACAGAUACAGAACAGGACAGUAUCAUCAUCAUGAUUACUACCAGUCAUCAUCUAUUCUCUCUGACUAUGGUGCUAGGAGGCCACGUGAGCAAUCUGAACCUUCAGUACUGGAAGGAACAGCAAGUACCACUCCCCAGCGUCUAACACCUGUGAAAUUUAUGGCCGCUCAUGUCAAAGGAGUGUGGACCACAAGAGGUCGAAUGUUGAAAAUUCUGCCUCAGUGCCCCCUAGAAGGGCAGCCUGCUGUCAUAGAGAUAUGUGAUAUUUCUCAUAUGAUCCCUGACAGUGAUUUAGAAGAUUAUCCUGGCCCACUUAUUAGGGAUGUUACACAUAAAAAUUCAUUAAUUUCAUUCUGCUCACGUAAGAUCAAAAAGGCAGAACGUGAUCCCAACUUGUACGAUCGAGGCUCAGUUAUAUUACUGUGGCGACUUCUGAUACUCUUGUUAAGGCAAAAUGGGACAGUAGUUGGAGCAGAUAUAGCAGAGCUGCUUGUUUCGUGCUCUUCUUCUUCAUCAUCAUCUUCAACAAGUUCACUUGCUGGGAAUCCUGUUGUUCCUCAGCAGAAUGUAUGUGAGGUCCGUACAGAUGAGCAAAUGAAUAAGAAAUGUGAAGAAGAUGUGACAAACCAAUUUCGAGAAUAUUUGUUAUAUGGCAACACAAAGGAAGCACUGGAAUGGGCAAUGAAGCAUGGUCUCUGGGGACAUGCUUUAUUCCUUGCCUCAAAAAUGGAUAAGCGAACACAUGCUCAGGUCAUGAUGAGAUUUGCCAAUGGUCUGAAGAUGAAUGAUCCUUUACAGACAUUAUAUCAGCUUAUGUCUGGUCGUCAACCUGCUGCUGUUACAUGCUGUGCAGAUGAGGAGUGGGGUGACUGGAAACCACAUUUGGCAAUGAUAUUAUCAAAUUCGACGCAACGACCAGAACUCGACCAUAAAGCAAUUACUACUCUUGGAGACACUUUAGGAGCCAGAGGUUGCCUCCAUGCAGCGCAUUUUUGUUAUCUCAUGGCUCAGCUCCCAUUUGGUAUUUAUUCCAACAAAGCUUCAAAACUUGUUUUGAUUGGCUCUUCCCAUGUAAAACCAUUCAUGGAGUUUGCCACUAAUGAAGCUAUUCAAAUGACAGAAAUAUACAUAUACGCAUGCCAACUAGCAAAUACAAAUUUUGAACUACCACAAUUCGAGGCAUACAAAUUACUAUAUGCACUUCGUUUAGCUGAGAGAGGCAUGGUUACAGAAGCAAUACAUUACAUAGAAGUUUUGGCAAACACAGUUAUGCAGUCAACCAUUCAGUAUCCUCUAUCAUUCUUAAAACAAAUAUAUGAUGCAGGCAACCUUUUGAAAUACAGUGACCCUGUUUAUACUAGUGGAGUUGAGGACAACACUGAAAGAGAUCCUGCUUGGUUGCAAGAGUUGGAGAAAUUUAUCUUGAACUAUGGAGUUAUGUAUGUAAAUCAGGAAGACAAUGGCUCCAAUAUGAGUUCAGUGGAACAACUACCACCCACUUACCUGCCUGCUGAAACAACAGAAGAAAUGAUGCAGCCAAUUCAGGAAUCUUCACAUUAUGGGGAUGGAUGGCAACAAGAACAAUAUUCUGUCUACCAAGCACCACAGAACCCUAACUGGGCUCAAGAAACAACGUCCUACGAGAAUUCACUAACUGGUGUUGAAGAAACAGCCAAACCUGCAGAACAGACAGAAUAUUGGAACCACCCUUCAGAACCUACAGCCCAGUUAGAUGCACAGAAUGUAAUGACAUCACAUGUUCCCACACAGGAAAUUUCUAAUGAAUGGGAGACCAUAACUAGUAAUAAAGAGCAAUCAGUGGCAUCUGAGUCUAAAACUGAACCUGGAAGUCCUGCAUCAUCUCCUUCUGCCAAGGCCAAGCUGAAGGUGGAACCAACAAAACCAGUAGCAAGCAGUUCAUGGUUUGGAGGUUUAUGGAACAAACUGAGCCUUCGGCCGAAGAAUCAAAUGAAGCUUCCAGAUGACAAGAAUCCAUCAAUUGUUUGGAACCCAGAAAAAAAUAGAUGGACUAAUUUAGAUGCCGAUGAUGAUGAUGCUGGUUCUGAUGUUCCUCCUCCUCCAAAGAUGGAAAUGAACAGAACACCUACCCCCUUAAUUAAUGUUCAAGAACCACAAAACAAAUACAAGAUGAACAGAGGGAGAAGUCUGCGUGCAAACUAUGUGGAUGUCCUAGGCAGUAGCAAAACUCCCAAUCAAACAAUAAAAUCAGACUUAUUCCCUUCAGUCAGCUCAACACAAGCAUCCACUACUUACUUCAUCCCAGCUCCAGCUGAUGAAAAUGCACCGACGGACUUUCUCACUUCCGCAUCAAGUGUAGAUGCAGAGGGUGAUGUCACCCAAGAAUCAUCAUCUGUAGCUGCAACAGGAAACAACUACAGCAUUCCACCAAUGUACGAUCCCAACAGCCCAAACUACCCAGCUGCGGCAGUAACAUCGACGACGACAGCAGCAGCAGCAACAGCAGCUAGAAUCUUAUAUCCUAACUGACUGUGCUGGUCUCUUCCACUUGAUUAUUUAUCUGUUGUCUAUAUGGUUUCUGUAAAAAAAUCCUUUUGGUAUUCAUUAGUUUCUUAAAGUUCUCUCUGUCUGUUCUACUUUUUAAAUGAUUUUGGAUUUGUUUAUCCAUGUGUACAUGAGUGUUCUGUUUUACUGGUUUUUAUCUUUUUUCCGUAUAAAUGUUGUUUUGUUAUGUCAAUGGAUGUUCUGUGAUAAAAAAUGUAUAGUACAAUAUCCAUAAAUGAAGUAUUCAA